AAGAAGAAGGAGCAGUGGUAGAAGAAGAAGUAGAAGAAGAAGAAAACCCGCGAUACCCAACGAAUUCAUAACAAGAGCGAUAUGAUCAGUUAUUAUACUUAGUUAAAAUUAGACUUUGACAAACGACACGACGCGUAUUUCCACAUAAAUUUGUGCGACGCUGUAACACGUCAUAGCGAGGCGACGCUUCAAUGCUAAACUCACGUUAGCUUCAGUUGGUUCGUUCGUGUUGAAGAUGGAGGAGAGUGAGAUGGAGGCGGACUCGGUGGAGAUGAUGUCGGGAGCUUCACCCCAACACGACGUCACCGACGCGUGGGAAAGAGUCACCGCGACUCUGGUUUCCCCCGGCGGCUCGGUGUCGGAGCAGAGCCUCUCCGACUCCCUGGCCCUGCUGUGCUCUCACGGUCUGGGUCGGCUUCUGGCCGGCUGGCUGCUGGAGACCCUUCAGAUGCGUCUGUCCUCCUCCGUGGUGCCAGAGUUCUGGUCCGGACUCGAGCAGCCGGAGAACGAGCUGGAGGAGAGGGGCCGGGCCUGGGUCCUGCUCACCGCCUUCCGGACGCUGUUGGAUCGACUGGAACCUUUCCUGGGUGGUCUGGAGCUGCUGGGGAUGUGGCAGGAGAAGGGCCACGGCGGUCUGUGCGGUCCGGGGCCCGGCGGCCUCCGAGAGCGGGCCUUCACCCUCAUCAGGGCCCUCCUCCUCUUCUCCCCCUCCCCGGUUCUCCAGGAGCGAGUGCUGGAGUUUUACAGCAGGACGUUUUCCGUCUACAUGAACCGAGAGGGCGAGGGAGAGGAUGGGACCGAGGCUCCCGAGGGCCCGGAGGGAGGCGUCUGCCGGGGCUGUGGGGUUCCAACUUCGCAGUGUUGGUGUCAGGAGGCCCUGGAACAACUGCAGGAGCUCAGCCACAUACUCUCCAGACUGCAGCUGCUGGAGUGGGUCAGCUCCGAGGCCGUCACCUCCAUCCUGCACAAGCUCAUCGAGCAGCGGAUGGAGCAGCACUGCAGGGGCGAGUACGAGUGUUCCUUCCUGCUUGAGUUCCAGGAGUGGCUGGAGCUGGUGCUCGGCUGGCUGAGCAAAGUGUUUGCCAGCGAGUCGGACACGGACGCUCCGGUUCCCGCUCCCAGCAGCGUCCUCGGCGGCACGCCCGGGACUCCCGGCGUCCAGGCCGGCAGCUCCAUCCUGAAGCAGUGGCGAUGCCACAUGCACCAGUUCUUCUGCAGGAUCUACGUCAACAUGAGGAUCGAAGAGCUCUUCAGCAUCAUCAGAGAUUUCCCAGAAUCCAAAGCUGCCAUCGAGGACCUGAAGUUCUGUCUGGACAGGACCAAUCAGAGGCAGCAGCUCCUCACCUCGCUGAAAUCUGCCUUUGAGAGCCGCCUCCUGCACCCAGGCGUCCACACGUCCGACAUCCUCACGGUUUACAUCUCGGCCAUCAAGGCGCUCAGGGAGCUGGACCCGUCUAUGGUCAUCCUGCAGGUCGCCUGCCAGCCCAUCCGCAAAUACCUGCGGACCCGGGAGGACACGGUGCGGCAGAUCGUUGCCGGACUCACCGGAGACGCCGAGGGCUGCACGGACUUGGCCUCCGAACUGUCCCGUGGCGACCCCGUGACCCUGGAGAUGCAGGACAGCGACGAGGAGGGCAAUGACCCCGAGGACUGGACCCCCGACCCGACCGACGCUGUGCCAGAUAAAAUGGGCUCGAAGCGUCGCUCGUCCGACAUCAUCAGCCUGCUGGUCAGUAUCUACGGCAGCAAGGACAUCUUCAUCGACGAGUACCGGGCUGUGCUCGCCGACCGGCUGCUGCACCAGCUCAACUACAACACGGCCAGGGAGAUCCGUAACGUGGAGCUGCUGAAGCUGCGGUUCGGGGAGUCGCACAUGCACUACUGUGAGGUCAUGUUGAAGGACAUGGCCGACUCUCGCAGGAUCAACGGUAACAUCCGCGAGGAGGAGUCGCGGCUCGGCGAGGAGGAGCGGCCGCCGCUCGCGCUGUCGGCCAUCAUCCUGUCCUCCGAGUUCUGGCCGCCGCUGAAGGAGGAGAAGCUGGAGCUGCCGCCGCUCGCCUGCCAGGCCAUGGACGCCUACACCCGCCGCUACGAGAAGCUCAAGGCGAUGCGGACGCUGAGCUGGAAGCCUCACCUGGGCUCCGUCACUCUGGACGUGGAGCUGGAGGAUCGAACCCUCACAAACAUCACCGUGUCACCAGUCCACGCCGCCAUCAUCCUGCACUUCCAGGAAAAGAGCUCGUGGACGCUGGAGGAGCUGAGCGUGAAGCUUGGCGCCCCGAAGGAACUGGUGCACAGGAAGCUGGCGCUGUGGCAGCAGCACGGCGUCCUGCGGGAGGAGGCGGGCGGAGGGGGCGGGGCCGGAGGAGGGGGCGGGCGCUACUACGUGGUGGAGACGGGCUCGUCCAGAGAGAAGCUGGAGAGAGGAGCGAUGCUCAUCGACAGCGACGAGGAGAGAGACUCCAACACCACCACCCAGUCGGAGCAGAGGGAGGAGAAGCUGCAGCUGUUCUGGGCCUACAUCCAGGCGAUGCUCACCAACCUCGACAGCAUGACGCUGGACCGGAUCCACUCCAUGCUCCGGAUGUUCGUCGCCACGGGACCCGUCGUCACGGAGAUGGACGUCAACGAGCUGGAGGCCUUCCUGCAGAGGAAGGUGAGGGAGCAUCAGCUGAUGGUCUCAGCCGGCGUCUACAGACUCCCCAAGGCCAACUGACGCUUUGUUCGCGUUCCUCUCCUCGGCCUUUGGGCGGGAAAAAAAACCAACCUGGAAUUGUUUGGUUUUGAAAUCCUGGUUGUGACGAGAGCCGCUGGUCACUGACAGAACCAGACGGGUGAUUUCCACCUGCUGGGUUAAACUGGAUUUUCCUGCGAUAUUGAAAGCAGCAUAAUUUUUUAAAAAGGCUUUUCCUCCCGAAAGGUUUGGUUUUCAAAAUAAAAGCACUUUCACCCUCCUCAGCGUCGACGCCGCAGCUUGUUGCUGUCGAACACUCGUCGUGUUUCAUGAAUAUAAAAGUUUAAUGUCUCGUGUUUUGUUCUUUGACGUGGACACGAUCAGACGACGUGUGGUGAAGAACAUUUACUCUGACGUCGUACAAACUCUUUCAGAACCGAUGUGAGGAAUUAAUUCAAUGCUACAAUUGUUUUUACUUUUGAGGGAAAUGUCAUUUUACUAAAUCUGAAUUCUUCAGUACUACUUAUGUACUUUUAUUUCUUUGAAGCUCAGUUCAACAGUGAACUGAAAAAAUAUGUGUAGAGACCAGUUGUGUGUAAUUACAAAAUCCUUGUUUUGACAGUUUAAUCUGUAGAAUCAUUUCUCAGAAACAGAACCGCUCGUCGGACUCGUCUCGUCUCCGGCACGAUCAGUUUCCUAAAGUCAGAAUAUUUCUCACGAGACCUUAAACAUCAAAAAGGUCGACCCAACUUCUUCAGAGUUCUGCAGACACCAACAUGUCACCUCCUCCUGAAGCUCUGACCUGAACCUGGAAAUGUUUUACUUUGAUACCAACAGACACUUUAAUGCUUUAUUUGGAUUUUGACACAUUUGCUAGGCAACAAAAGAUUGACAUGAAAAAACAAAACAAUAAACGAAUGUAUCAGUUA